UGGCUGCAGCCAGACGUUACAUGAAGAAAAACGAGCAGCUCUCCAAAAUACAGCAGCGCGUCUUUCCACUUGAGAAAAAUGCGAGUUAGAAAUUCAGUCAGUACAUGUUCAUUUCACCAGCAUCAUUUCUGUGUCUUUCUAUGGCGAACACUGCCGAUCUGGGGGUCUUAAUCUGAAACUCGUCAGCGUGGGAAUUCGUGUUAGUUGUGUAGGUUCAGAUGCUGAAGAGAAAAGAUGGUCGUUGAAGAGUCCACUGACCCCAAACUGCCAUCCAGUCAGACAGCACCUGUCAAAACAGACAGGAUGGCCACAGAGGGACUCCCUCCUGGAUGGACUAGAGAGACAAGACAGAGGAAACAGGGAAAGACAGCAGGCAGGAUGGACACCUACAUCAUCAGUCCUCAGGGCAGACGCUUCAGGUCCAAGUCAGAGCUCCAGAACUACCUGCUCUCGGAGGAAUGCGCUCAUCUGAAGCUGGACACUUUUGACUUUACCACACCCAAAAGCAGCAGUGGAGCACCUCAACAGGAGAGGAAAGCGGGGAGACGGAAAACAACAAAACCGAGAACGGAACCUGCAGAAAGCCUCAGUCCAGAGCCGGCUUUGGCGUUGAUGGAAAACCAAGGCGUGGAGAUGGACAGAGCAGAACGAGAGGAGAAGAAGAAGGAGACAGAAAGGCCAAAAGACAGUUGUCAUGGAGAGGAAACCGAGAGCGAGGAACAAAAAGAGGUAGGAGAACAUCAAGAAGAUGCAGAGAGUGAAAGAGAGGAAUCUUCAGGCAGAGUGACUCCUGCAGAACGGCAGCAGAUUUCAGUGCCAGUCUUAACAGUGCAGUCUGCAUCAGACAGUGAAGAAGAGAACAAAGCAGAGGAGGAGAAAGAGGAAAGGGAUGAUGUAAAGGAAGAGAAACAGGAGAGUAACAAGGCCACAGGAGGGAGCUGCUCACCUGUGAGAAGCACACAAAGUGGGACAAAGUUACUGUUGGAGAAGCGGAAAACCAGUCCAUACUUCAGCAAGAGUGGUGGUCUCAGUCCUCCCAAGCGAAAAGCUUUAAGAAAGUGGACUCCACCUCGUUCCCCCUUUAAGCUGGUGCAGGAAACCCUGUUUCACGACCCAUGGAAGCUUCUAGUGGCCACCAUAUUCCUCAACAAGACCAGCGGGAAGUUGGCAAUACCAACGCUGUGGCAGUUUUUCAAGCGUUACCCCUCUGCUGAGGUAACCCAAGCCAGUGAUGGGAAGCCUCUGGCUGAGCUUCUGCAGCCUCUUGGCCUCAACGCCCUCCGAGCCAAAACGCUCAUCCGCUUCUCCAGUGUCCAAAGAUGCAAUCCCAAGCGUACCAGAUGCAACAUUCAUGGAAAGUUAAAGGAUGACAUUUCAAAACUGGAUGAGUACCUCACUAAAUCAUGGAGAUAUCCUAUCGAGUUGCAUGGAAUAGGCAAAUAUGGCAAUGACUCCUACCGCAUAUUCUGUAUAGGAGAGUGGAGAGAGGUCACUCCAAAUGACCACAAGCUGAAUGACUAUCACACUUGGCUGUGGGAGAAUCAUGAGCAGUUAGGGCUCUGACCACAACAACACUUGUUUCCCUUUUAAAAAAGGUUUUAGGUCCAACAUUCCUGGCCAUCAUGGAUAUUCCAAGAAAAGAUACACGGGGCAAAAAGCAAAAUUACAAAUGUCAACAACUUCUGUGCUCUAAGUCUGAGGGCAACAAGCUUUCCUGGCUGUUCUGAGACUCAGGAUGUUUCAUUUUGCAACUUUCCUGAUAGACAGUCCACUAAUGAAAUUGAGUUUGCAUGAAGGGAGAUCACAGCAUGACUAAUCCGAGAUGUUUUGAAUGAAAGUUUUGUAGGUAAAUUGAAGGUGUUGUGAUCUAACAACUGAUCUUCAGUAAUGUUAAUAGAGCCCAACUCAUAUUUUGGCUGGGUGAUAUAUUGGCCGAUAAUGAUGACCCGAAGUAUUAUCAGCACUGUCUAAAACAUAGCAGAUAAUUACCAAUUUUAGUGUUUGUGGGUUGCCAGGGUUCAAACCUGUGGGUUCGGGGGAGACCUCAGACAGUUAUACCAAAAACCCAAAGAAUUUUGGGUAGCUCUACGCCCAUUAUUUAACAUAUUAUUGAGUGUGUUUACAUGCACUCAAAAAUCUGAUCGUAAUCAUAUUUCUAGUUAUCUGAUUGUUCAAAUGGUCAUGUAAACGCCAUACUCCGAUCUAGAAAUCCAAUUAAGAAAUCCGGAGCUGGAUUUUAGCUCAGUAAUCAGAUUUCUCAGUGCAUGCAAACUCUUACUCUGAUUUCUUUCGUAGUUCUCAGUCUACUGGCAGACAAUCGUGUCAGUCAGGAAAACACUGUUUAACUAAAACUACUGGAGUAUAAAAUGAAAGUAUAGAUAUAAAACUAUAUCUGCAAUUAUUUAUAUCAUCUUAACUUUGGUAUCAGCUACAAAAUGUUCACAUCUGGCCUUAAUUUCUAAUUAUGAUACAGUACCUGUUCGCUAACGUAUUGAAGUCAUUCAGAUAUCUAGAAAUAUAAUAGGAAUAUGAUCCUUUGGCCAUCUUACAGUUCACCCUUAAUUAUAGCAGCAUAAGUCAUAAGACAAAGCAAACUAGAUAGCCUAUACUUGUGGUCAAUGCACAGUAACAAACUAGUGAACCUUUCCUUUAAUGUAGUAUAUCCUGAGAAGUGUUUGUUGAAGACAAAUCCAAAGUCAAAUAUUAAAUGUGUAUUCAUGUAUUAUGUAUUUUACUUGUAACUGAAUAUAAUUACUUUUUGGCUGUUGUCAAGGUGAAAGACAUGAUAACGGUCAGCGUUGUGAGUCUCAGUCCUGGAGACGCUUGCCUGUUUUUUCUGCUCAAACGUCUUUCAAAUUAGGUCAUUUUUAAGUCUUUCGAGCAACGAAAUGCAAAAAAAAGAGGUGCAUGAGGUUCCCAGGACUGGAACUAAUAACCAUUUUAUUAAGCUCUUGUUCUUUCAUAUCUGUUUCAUAAAAAGGUGAAAAUAUUUAGAGUAUGUAAAUAAAAUGCCCUGUUUUAUUUUUUUAAAAUCCCCCAUGUGAUUUAUGAGUGUACUGUACAACUCAGACAUUUCCACAAUGAAUAUGUCAUCUGGCCAUUUCAUAAAGAACAGAGAGACAGAAAUGGCCAAGAAUUACUUGGAAUAAAAUCCAUCACUUAUCAUAUAAUAAAGUCAGGAAUGUUUUUA